UAGAUGCGAUGGGCAACGCCCUUCAUGCUCGUCCUGCCUGUCCCUUGGCUUCGACUGUAUGUACGAACCUGGUGAUUCUGCCACGAAUGUCAUUGUUCGCAAAGACUAUGUCUCGGAUCUCGAACAGCGUGUCAGCUCUGUUGAGCAUAAUCUUCAACGGUUGAACGAUGUUCUCAAGGGCCACCUCUCGCCCUGCAGCAACACAAAUACUUCACCAUGUCACCACGGAACCAUCAACGUCAGUCACUCUAUGCCUUCACCUGCACCGACUGCUCCGACCAAAGCGUCAGCGCCAUCGGGAGCAGGCACGGGGACAUGUGCUACAAGUCUGGAAGAGCCUCAAGAUGAGGAAGGUAUUCCCAAUGGAAUGGCCAUGACGUUUGUGGAAGAAAAGACCUCUGCGUUCUAUGGCGAAGCCUCCAACAUUAACUUCACGCAACUUCUUCUUCGCGCCAUCGCUGCUGUGCAUCACUCACCAGGCGCACCGUCUGCGUUGGACAGAGCCUCUGUGUUGGGAGAAAGUGUUAUUGCGAGUGUUUCCCAAAGUAAAAGCUCUCUCGGAGGCUCAGCGACACCACUGGACUCGCUGCCCACUGCCUUACCAUCCGUUGAAGAGAUGGACACUCUACUCGAUCUCUACUUCGAUACAGCUGGUGUUGUCUUCCCCUUCAUCCAUGAGGGGACCAUGAGGAGUACAUACAACGAAUGCAGGCUCAAUGGUUUUACAAGAGCUCGCAGAACCUGGCUUGGAACUCUGAACAUGGUAUUCGCCAUGGCGAGUAACUUUGACAGGGACUACACUACAUCAUCCAAGAAGCGCUUCGAGAGGUCCAACGCAUUCUACAAAAGAGCACUGGGUCUUUGCGGCGAACUAUCGAAGCGUGUUAUAAGUCUCGAGAUAGUUCAUUACCUGAUCUUGGUCGUUCUUCACUGCCAGGGAACUUCGCGCUCUGUGCAAGCCUGGAACAACUACGGCCUUGUUAUCCGAUCAGCUAUGGCACUAGGACUUCACACCGAGUCCACUGAGAGGGCGCUUGAUCCUGUACAGAAAGAAUAUCGUCGCCGGACUUGGGUGGUCAUAUACUGCCUUGACAAGGUGCUCAGCACUGCUGUGGGUAGACCCGCGAGUAUCCCAGAUGAGCAGAUGACGCGGCGAGAGCCAGCAUCUGGAUGGUCGCCAUCAACUUCUGGCGACGCCGCCGAUCUACCCGGUGAUUUCUUGGCUGUGUCAUUCAAGAUGUAUCAGGUGAUGAGCAAGUCUCUCGUCAUUCAGUACGGCGCAAAUCUUGAUCACGACUCGGACCCUGAUGAGAUGGCCCAUCUCAAAGCCUCAGGUGAACUCCGGAAACAACUUCGGCUCUGGGCGGCGAAUCUACCGCCACACCUUCAACUAUGCGACGCUGAGUCGGAUGUUCUCUCUCAGAACACAAAAGCGAACAGACUCCGUGUUAUUCUUACCAUGAGAUAUCAUAAUCUAAGUAUUCUCAUACAUAAACCACUGCUCAGCGCUACAAUACGACAUUUAUUCCGACAGGAUGGCACGGCGAAUAAAACUUCAUCGUAUUUAAUACAACUCGCUAUGGCGGAAGCGCAUGAAUGUAUCAGGUCGGCACAACUUACAAUUGAUAUUGUUCAUUCCGUCAUCAGUGUAGAUUCCACGAGUAAGAACAACCUUGGAGUAUGGUAUUUCACGCUCUACUAUGUCUUCACUGCAUCACUGGUUAUCUGCGGGCGAUUACUCUGGGCACAACAUGGAGAAACUGCAGUUGACGAAGCAUCCGUCAGUCACAUGAAGUUCCUCCUCAGCAAAGCAGAAACAAUAUUCUUGAAUCUGGAUCACGAAAACAGUCUUGUGCUGAGUUGUCUGGAAUAUAUUCGUAGACUCUCGAGAAUGUGCGGGAUCAAAGAAAUUGCCCCCGAUGCUACAUCGGCUAUGGUUCAUGAUAAUGGAUCGAGUUCUACGGGUUCUGCGGACGCUAUGUCUUUCAAUCUCGAUAACAUGGAUCCUUUUCAGCUUUUUGCGUCGGAAAUGUUUGAUCCGGCUAUUUUUGAACAUUUUCAUCAAUCGCCUGUUGAUGGUAUGAGUUUUGUGAAUGGUUUAUGGGAAGGGUUUCCGUGUGGAGGAUGAGACGGCUACCAUAAGAAUAUAGCAAAUCUGGACAGCUCAUGAUGUUAUGUUCAAUUGAUUACAGCCUUCGCAAUGAGUGCUGGUGUAACUUCACUUGCAACGACGCUGAACCUAUCUGAAGAACUCUUAAAUCUUUUCCAUAAGAAC